AUGAUAUCAACAUCUGACUUCGAACCAAUUGAAAAUAUAUUAAAAUGGAACAAGAGUCGACAGAUCGAGACAGAAGUUGUAGAAAGUACAAAAGGAAAAGACCAAAAUGCAACAUACAAUAUUUACCAUAUAAUGAAAGUAGCAGAUGAAAAAGUAUCGACAUUCUUUUGUAAUGAAUCUGAUGACAUGUUGAACAAUGGAACAGAUUUAAGUGAUAUUUGUGUUUCGUUUGAUGAUUACGACGCUUUUGAAGCUACUGUUGUUGUAGUAUUAUUUCUUCUCAUAGUGGUUACGGUUAUAGGUAAUACUUUAAUUAUAUCAGCUGUGUUAACGACGAAAAGACUGAGGACGGUUACGAAUUGCUUUGUAACGAGUCUCGCUGUUGCUGAUCUGUUGGUCGGCAUUUUCGUUAUGCCACCAGCUAUUGCAGUACAUAUAAGUGGUAGAUGGGAGUUGGGCUGGAUCUUUUGCGACAUAUGGAUCAGCCUGGAUAUUCUACUCUGCACUGCGUCUAUUCUCUCACUCUGCGCGAUCAGCAUAGAUCGAUAUCUGGCCGUGACAAGGCCGCUAUCUUAUUCUAGAAGAAGAAGGUCAAAGAAAUUGGCUCUGACAAUGAUCUUCUUUGUAUGGAUAGCAGCUGGUGCUAUCACAUGUCCACCUAUGUUUGGAUGGUACGAACCAGACCACAACCAAAAUGGUGUAUGCCGGUACAAUCAGAACCCUGGCUACGUAGUAUUUUCCGCAAUGGGCUCUUUCUUCCUACCUAUGAUAGUGAUGGUCUACGUUUACGCCAGAAUAUCUUGCGUUGUCGCGCGACGUCAUCAACAACUCUCUAGCACUACGAAAUACAACAAGAGAAGCCACUUGUCCUGUAUUCGAACAGAAUCCGAUUCUUGUUCGGACAAACUCUCGCUCCGUCAGAACGCUUCGAAACAACCAUCGAAAACAUCGACCCAACACAGCGAAUGUUCAGCGCAAAGCGACCAGAAAUGCCCUUGUUGUUUCCGUAGUGAAAAACGUCGACAAUCGAAGUAUAGAUCGAACAUUGAAAAAGAGUCCCGUUUCAAUAAUGACGUUACAUUCAAAUCCAACUUGAAGUAUAAAGGCACUCGCAACAGGAGUUGCUCAGUCAAAGAACAUAUGGAGAAUCGAGUGUCAUCUUUGAGAAGGGAAACUAAAACUGCUCAAACGUUAAGCCUCGUUGUUGGCGGAUUCAUAGCUUGCUGGCUCCCUUUCUUUGUAUACUAUCUUUUGACUCCAUUUAUUCCUGACACGUAUGUAAACUCGGUUUUAAUGUACAUCCUGACUUGGUUAGGCUGGUUCAAUUCUGCGAUAAAUCCAUUUAUCUAUGCUUUCUACUCACCGGACUUUAGAAUGGCAUUUUGGAGGCUCACGAUUAAAAAAUGUAAACGAAGCAAGCGCUAG